UUGCUCCAAAAAAAAAAUUUGCCGGCGACGGAGGCCAUGGAAGGCGGCCGUGGAUCUGCGCGGCGGUGCGGCGUGCGAGCGGUGGAUUGCGCACGGCUGCGAGCGCGCCGCGGGGCCCGCGUCCGCAUUCCGCAGCGCCCAUCCUGUCGGCCCGCUCGCUCGCCGGAGACAGCGCCGCCCUCCGAGAAAAACUCAACAGUCUAAAGAAAUCAGCUCAGGGGACUCGAGGCAAGUCUGGCAGAAGCUCUGUGUCUCUAGUAAGCAUUUGGAGCAAUUCCUCAUUCUCUUCUGCACAUCGCAGUGACGGGAUCUACUUAUAUUACACUCCAGUUGUUUCUUUUCGGUAUCAAUUGUUUAAUCCAUGUUUGAUUUCAUAUUGGUCUCCUUGCCUUUUACUGCAUUUCAUGGAAGGGCUGAUAUCUUGUAAAUUAUCUCAGCAGCCCAACUAAAGAAAGGACCAGAAACUAAUCUCACCAACAAGUCAAUUUCGAAUGCCACUACAACGAAUGAACAGCUCAGGAGCUUGGUCUUGGAUCAAAGGGCUAGGGGAGAUGAGUUUGCAAGUGUCAUAUCACAUCAGCUUGAAGGUAAAAAUGUAGUACGUUCUAAGUCACGGCCCUAGUACAAAUAGUUUCAAGGUGUCACAGUAUUACCUGAUCUGCAAAUCCUGGACUGAAUAGGAAACUAGAAGUGCUUCAGUGGGGUUUAAAGAUAAUAAGUCCAAAUAUUCCAGUCUUAAGGGUUGUUCUGAACUCCCAGGUCCAAUAUAUUUUGCCACUGAGACUUGUAGCUAUGUAUUUAUGUGUCUUCUUUUGAUGGCAGCCAUCGAAGCUGUCGAGGCUAAUAUUGAAGCGUUAAGGAAAAACAACCUAGACAAAGCUAUUAUGUGUUACAAUAAAUUUCUUAGUUUUAAAGUUGUUGCAGAAGAAGGUAAUGAGAGGUUCAGUGACAUGGUCAAUAAGUUAGCUUCAUACCUUCACGUGUGGCAUUUCCUCUUUUUUAAAGGGGGUACCUUUGUCUUUAAUAAAAUUGACAUCAAAAUCCUGACAAUGACUAUUCGUUUCGCAAAAAGUUCAAUAAAGACGAGUACAGCUGUGAGUUGCAGUUUCUUAUCUGAGCAGUCUAAUAUUCAUAUUGUUUGAAAUUGUAGUCACUGAAGUUCUCAUUCUCCUUAAACAGUAAUUCAGUGUAUUCCAUUCCUUAAAAACACUGAAGAAUUUGAACCGAACUAACGAUCUCUUCAAGUUUGCCAGAAUCAUGAGAACAAGAUUCCAAGAGGCUACCAUCAAAGGUAUUCCAUGUUUCCUUUCAAAAUUGUAUCGUGUCCAUUUUCUCCAAAAUGCCAGUUAAUGGAGUUUGGCACUCCCCCCCCCCCCCCCCCCCCAAGAGCAAUUCUGUCAAUGUUGCUACAGUAGCGCUCUCUGUAUGUGUUGAGUAUUUACCUAAAUUUCCAGCAAUCUGUUUUCGACAUUCCCUUGCUAUGGGGGCCAUAUAUGAUGCAUGACUCAUAGCUUAAACAUGUUUUCUUAUUCUUAAUAUUUUAUUUUGGAUCAUAGAAAUGAAUUUGCUUUUUAGUACAACUUAUUUAUUAUUAUAGACUUAUAUUUAGUGAAAAUAAUUAAUAAAUUGCUAAUAUACUUUGUAGUGUGAUUUUUUAUGAUGAUAGGAGAAUAUACAUUGAGUUAUUGUUUCUCUCAAACGAGCACCCAAGUGCUCCUCAUUGUAUUAGAACAAGCACCAAGAUGUGCAAAUCUUACAACCUGAAAAAACAAAACAUAAAACAGUAGGAAGCCAAAGGCAAACCAAAGACAAGAAAAAAAUACAAAAGGCAAAAAGAUGUACUGUACACUACCCUAAAACUAUAUAGCAUAGGGUCAGGAGGUCACACAUGUUGAGGGCCCGCUGAGUGCCUUGGCUGCAGCAAGCAGCCAUAGCUGCACUUCAGUGAGGAUGGCAUCCACCAGCGGUGGAGUGAGAAGUAGCUGAGCACUGGAUGCCAAACCUGUCGAGCUUGAGUUAUGGUUAAAUAGUUAGUUAUUUAACCCUAAAGCAUAAACCCUAUGGGUGGAAAUGUACCUACCCUUUUCAGGUGGUUAAAGAAUUAUACUUUUUUUUUGUCAACAUCAAACCUUUUGAAGUUAGCGAGUGUAGACAUGGAAUCUUGCAACUCUUAAGAAAUUGUCAGAAUGCAUAUGUCUGUCUGUAAAGCUCAUAUAAUAUAGAUGUUGUUGGAAGACAUAUAAGUUUACUUCCGGUGAUUUCACAAUAAGUUCAUUUGCCCCAAAAUUAAAUCUUGACAAACAUAACAUCGUUGGUGUGUGUUUUAAUCUACUGAGUGUUGAGAUGAGCCAAGACCUGUUAAUGAUAUUGACCUUGCUUUGCAUGAUGGGAGGUGGCAGCAGGCCUUAGGAGCUAUAAUAUCAUGGAAACUGGAACUGUACCGUCCUUUCUGUAUGGCGUAAACUUCCUACUCCCUCUGUCUCAUAAUAUAAGAACGUUUUUGAUACUAGACUAGUUCCAAAAACAUUCUUAUAUUAUGGAACGGAGGGAGUAAUAAUCUUGGCAAUUUAAAAUCACCACAUGUGGAGCUGUUGCAGAGCAGUUCAUGUUGACGUCUGGUGUAGCAAAGCCCAGCCAUGCCUACUGUGCUUCCUCAUGAAUAGUAAAUACUAAACAUGAUUUAUGGAAUGCCUAGCUUAUGAGCUAUAUAAAUCUUUGUUCUGCACUACAUGUGGAGCUGUAAAUGUGCUGAAUAUUCUUUUAUCAUAUUAUCUAUAGAGUGUUCUACUUGCACUGUCUGCAGGGGUUCAUCCCACAAGUUCAUUUUGCCCAUACACCUCAUCCAUAACAACUUCAUAACCACCGGCUUUGUCCGUUGAUACCAGAAGCGAAAGCACCAGCAAUCAAAGUCAUUCCCAACGAACAGCAUCUCCCAUAGAUGGUAGAACAGACGUGCAAAGCAAAAGAAGAUACCUGAAGUAAAGGGUCUGGACAUGGUUCUGAACUGAAGAAACACUCAAACAAUACAUUCCUCAAUGGAAUCCUACCAUCCUUGCCAGCACAAGAAAAUGAAUGGGCAGACUAGCUAGGCAUACGUUUCCCAUCCCACGUUAUGCUUUUGUCACGUCAUCUCGCCCACCGAGAUUGUCCGGCCCUUUCUGUCAGACAGCGCGGAUUAGAUCAUUAGAUGCUAGAGCAGACAUGCAAAGCAAAAGAGGAUGAUAAUUGAUACAUGAAGUAAAGGGUUCGGACAUGGUCCUAAAAUAAAGGAACACUCAAAGAGUACAUUCCUGAUUGGAAUCAUUCCAUCCUUGCCAGCUCAAGCAAAUGAAGGAGUAGAAGACAAACUAGCUAGGCAGCGCUGUAUAGAUUCUUUUUUCUUUUUGAGAAGAGGCCAGAAAAAGUUUAGGUGCAUGCUUGAUGACCAUAAUGCAUUGUCAUGUGUCCUCUUGGCUAUGCUCCUAGCUCCUCCAUUCUCUCGGUUGACCCUUUACUUCAUGCACAACCAAUAAUACAAUAAGCUAGCUUGCUGGACACACACCGGCAGCAGCUGCGAUGGCUGAGCUCGCGUCUGGCGCCGUGAGCUCGCUGCUGGGCCUCCUCCGAAACGAGGCGCUGCUGCUGAGCCGCGUCGGGAGCGACUCGGAGUUCAUCAAGGAGGAGAUGGAGAGUAUGCACAGCUUCCUGGAGCACCUGGCCAGGACAGCGCCUCCCGCUGGUGGCGGUGGGCACGACGAGCAGGUCCGCACGUGGAUGAAGCAGGUCCGGGACCUGGCCCACGACUGCAGCAACUGCAUCGACCUCUACCUCCGGCGUGGUGAUCCGGCGGUCUACCGUGCCAGGGCCGGCCGCUGGCGCUAUCUCUGGUGGGCUUCCUGGUUGGUGCAGAGGAUGGUCGCCCAGCACAACGUGGCCAUCCGGCUGCGCGAGCUCAAGGAGCGGGCACGCGACGUCGGCAACCGGCGGCUGCGGUACGGCGUGGAGAUCCCACGGAAGGAGGAGGCGGCACCUUUGCCCUCGUCAUCGUCUCAAGCUGCUGGCAUAGAAUACAAGGAGGAUGAAGACUAUCAGAUUCAAGCCGCCAACGGUUCUGAUCCCCGUCAAAGAGCUCUAGAACCUCGCCUUGUCGAGGAGUACUGUGCCGAGAAGCUAGUCGAGAAGUUAGCCAACUGGCAGGAAUUGCAAGCCAAAACCAACAACCGUAUAUCCAUGGCAUCCAUUGCCAUUGUUGCGCCGGAUGAUACAAAGGGCGCCGGCACCGUCGCACAGGACUCUUUGAGGUUUGCCACCAAAAACUUUAAGCGCACGGUUUGGGUCAACCUCUCGGCACUGCACUUCCCAUGGGAUCUUCCGCUGUUACCCAGCGAGAUCCUCUCCUACAUCCUGUAUGAGUGUGAGCAGCAGAAACAGCAUGAGGAUGAGCAGCAGAAACAGCAUGAGGAUGAGCAGCAGAAACAGCAUGAGGAUGAGCAGCAGAAAGUCACAGGCGGGCAAGGUGAGGUGAAGCCGAAGAUGCCUAUUCCUUGGGAAGGUUACAGUUACAAAGCAAGACUCCGGGACGAAAUACUGAAUAUGUUUAAUUAUGGAGAAAUCCGCAAGAAGAUUGAUGAGAUCAGGAACAAGGUUCGAGAAGUUGACAAGGGGGAGAUUGGAGGAGUGGAUAGAGGGAAGGUUGAAGAAAACAAGUGCUUAGGCAUAUUCCACCAUGCGCUGCGGCUCGUGCUGAACACGCUGGUUCGGCCACUAUCCUCAGAGGGGGCUAUAGAGGAAACUGCUUCAUUGCUGAAAGAUCAUAUGGAAACAGGCGAGUCCAAGACCCAGAUUCAUCUCGAUAAUAGCCAAUAUGAAGAUAUCCUGCGCAAGGUGUUCCCGACAAACAAGCCCCUGCAGUCCCAGCAGAUCCAGGAAGCCACCACCAGUAGUGCUACUACACUGAGCGAGGCUCACAUCAAAGAAAUCAUCCACAACCACAAGAUUACUCUAGACAUCAUAUUGGGGCUGCUUCCCAAGCCACAGCUACUGGAAGGCACCUCUACCAAGGAACAAGCCAUUGAUGCUGCUGCUUCUGUCUCCAAGGAGAUAUCAGGGGAGGCAACCGGUGCUGCUGCUGCUGUUAUCAAAGAAACCAAGGAGAAAACGAAGGAGGUAUCAGAGGAGGUGACCAGUGCCAUUGCUUCUGCUGUCAUCGAAGAAACCAAGGAGAAAACGGAGACAUCAGGGGAGGUGAGCAGGGAUAUUGCUGCGGCCGUUGUCAAUCAAACCAAGGAGAAACUCAAGGAGCUAUCAGCGGAGGUGACCAGUGCUAUUGCUGCUGCUGUUAUCAAGGAAACCAAGGAGAAAAUGAAGGAGAUGGACAUUACCGGUGCUAUUGCUGCUGCUGUCAUCGAAGAAGCAAAAGAAAAGAUGAAGGGAAUAGUAUCAGGAGAGGUUGAGGCGACCAGUGAUGUUGCUGCUGCUAUCACUGAAACCAUCAAAGAAACCCUGGAAAAAAUGUCGCAGAUCCCGUGGAGGAUUUGGGGUCUGCUGUACACCAAAGGGAUAGUGGAUAAGAUUAAGCCACGUCUGAAAAAUAAGAAGACCCUGAUUAUCCUCCAAGAUGACAAAGACUAUGUGUCAGCUGAAUCCCGGUGGGAGGAGACCAGAAAUGCUUUGAACCUAUUAGGCUGUGCACCUGGCAGUGCAGUGAUUGUGUCCACAAAGAACAGCGAAAAGGCCAAAGAUUUUUGCUAUCCACCGGGAGAACCAAUAACAUGUUCUCUAGUUGGACUCUACCAUGACACUGUGCUCCAGCUUACAAAGCCACGGAUGAUUAAUGGAAAUGACGGAGACAUCCCGGGGAUUCUACGUGAAAUCUUGGCCAAGUGCCAUCCACAUGAGUUCUGCAUGAAGAUCUUUGUGUAUGCUCUUUACACUAACCCCAACAGGAGCUAUGAAGAACUGUGUAAGCUAAAUGAAGAUCUGGCUCCCGCCAAGACAUUGGGCAGUAAAGCUAAGAAUAUGAUCAAGUUCUCCUACAAAGAUCUGCCUAGAGAACACAAGACUUGCUUGUUGUACCUAGCCAUCUUUCCUCAAGGCCACAACAUCAAGAGAUCAACCUUAAUAGGACGAUGGGUUACGGAGGGGUUGAUAACUAAGCAAGACUGGGCCACUGCAGUGCAUCAUGCGGAGCAAUGUUUUGACACCCUGAUUAAACGAGGGCUUAUAUUGCCUCAUGAUAUUGGUGCUGCAGGAAAGGUCAAGAGCUGCAUGGUAGGUGAUCAAGUCCAUGGGUUUAUCACCGAGGUCGCAGAAAAAGAACACAUUUUGGAUGCACGCCUUUCUGAUCUUUGGGCUCGCCACUUCUCCAUCUUUAGUGGUCUCCGACUCCGUGCCUCUGAUGGCAUCGAGAAGUUUGUAUACAAGCUCCCCAAAUAUUCACCACAACUGCCGCUCCUGAAGGUGUUAGAUCUGGAAGGCACUCAAUGCUUUGACAAAAAUCACUACCUGAGGGACAUUUGCAACAAGAUAUUACUUCUCAAGUAUCUGAGCCUAAGAGGAACAAAUGUUAGACAUCUUCCCAGUGAAAUAAACAACCUCCAUGAGCUAGAGGUAUUGGAUAUCCGGGAAACUAUGGUGCCUGAGCGUGCAACAAGGAAUAUCCUGCUCCUGAAGCUGAGGCGCUUCUUGGCUAGCCGUGUUGAUCCAAAUUCAAGACUCAAUGAUAAGUCGGCACGCUUUCCUGUCCAGAUUCCUUUCAAGAUUGAGAAAAUGGAAAAUUUGGAGAUAUUGUCAAAUGUCAGGGCUUCAGGGGAUGGCAGUGAGUUGAAAGAGAUAAGACAUCUAUGGCAACUAAGGAAGCUCAAUGUGGUUAUCGAAGACAGGAACAAUCACCUUGAGAAGUUGCUUCGAGCCAUCGGUGACCUAAAAGAUUGCCUCCAGUCCCUUUCAAUCACUAUAUCCUACAAUACCAGAACUAAGAGCACUCUCUCCAACAAAGAGAUGCGUGAUCUGUUAAGACAAAGUCCCAAGCAUCUUGAGAGCCUAAGCAUCAAUGGAGUCACACAAAGUGGGCAGCUCCUUGAACUGCUGGCCAAAGGUAGUGAUGAACUUGCCAAGGUAACUCUGACUGGUACCUUGCUGGAAGAGGGUGAUCUGGUGGUCCUUGCCGUGCUUCCCAAAUUACACUCCGUCAGACUCCGAUCCAAUGCAUACAAUGGGAGAGAGCUCACCUUCAAGAAGGAUGUAUUUCCACAACUCAAAUACUUUCUUGUUGAGGGCUCCAACAAGGCUGUGACUGACAUCAAGUUUGAAGAUGGAGCAGCUACUGAGCUUGAGAAGAUUGUUUUGUCCUCCACCAACAUAAGGUUUCUUAGUGGGAUCGACAACCUUCCAAAAUUGAAGGAGCUUGAGUUGGAAGGAAACCAGUCCCUACUUUCAUUUUCUCAAGACAAAGUAUCUCCUGACCAAAGCGCCGAGAGUGGAUCCGCUGAGCAGAACACAAAGGGCGAAGCUACCCAGCGAAACACUCAGAGUAGGGCUCCUGAACAAAACAACGAGAGUAGAACUCCUGAGCAAAACACUCAGAGCAGAGCUGCCGAGAGAAUCACCGAAAGCAGAGCACCUGAGCAAAACAACGAGAGUAGAGCUCCUGAGCAGAACACUGGGAGCAGAGCUGGUGAGGGAAUCACCGAAAGUAGAGCAGCUGAGCAAAACAGCGAGAGUAGAGCUCCUGAGCGAACCAUUGAAAGCAGAGCACCUGAGCAAAACACCGAAAGCGGAGCAGUUGAGCAAAACAGCGAGAGUGGAUCUGCUCAGCAGAACACAGAGGGCAGAGCUGCUGAGCGAAACAUUCAGAGUAGAGCUCCUGAACAAAACAACGAGAGUAAAGCUCCUGAGCAAAACACUGGGAGUAGAGCUGCUGAGGGAAUCACCAUUAGUAGAGACCCUGAGCAAAGCAACGAGCGCAAAGCUCCCGAGCAAAGCAACGAGCGCAAAGCUCCCGAGCAAGACAGUCAGGGUGCAACUCCGAAGAAGAACACUGAGAUUAGUGCUCUUGAUCAGAACACUGACACCGAUAGUAAGUUCAUCUUCAAGACGGGAAAGUUCCAACACCUCAAGUAUUUUCGUGUUGAGAGCUCCAAAAUGAUCAGCGUCAUCUUUGAAAAUGGAGCAGCUCCUGAGCUCAAGAAGAUUGCCUUGUCAUUGACCGACAAACAACACCAGCUCCGUGGGGUUAGUCACCUUCCAAAACUGAAGGAGAUCGAGUUGAAGGGUGAGAAGUUCCUUUCAUUAUUUGACAAUGCUGAUAAAAUUGACAACGCUGAUAAAAUUGCCAAGGUGACUCUUUGUGAUACUCACCUGAAGAAGGGAGAUGUACAAAUCCUUGGCAAGCAAGAAAACCUGCGCUGCCUAGAGCUCUCAAUCAAGUCUUAUGAUGAUGACAAAGGCCAUCUAGUCUUCAACAAAGAUGAGUUCCCAAAUCUUGACCUUCUUAUUGUUGAGUGUCCUACCAUCAGCAGCAUCAGCUUCACCGAGGGAUCUGCUCCUAAGAUUGAAAAGAUUGUUUGGUCCUUCAAGGAGAUGAAGUCUCUCCAUGGCAUUGACAACCUUCCGAGACUGAAGGAGAUUGAGUGCAGGGGUGACCAGGUGCCAUAUCAGGUGAGAAGAGACACUGCAGCGCAUAAAGCCCGACCUGUUCUUACACACAAGCCACAACAACAAGACCAAGCAAAAGAAACGAGCACAACAAAAAAGGACGAUGAUACAAGGUGUGCACCAAUCUCCCGCUUCUUGAAGAUCAAGAAUAAAAAAAUUGAAAAGAAAGAUGAAGAAUCGGAGCUGGUUGACUGAGAAAAGGUCUGCAAGGAUUUCACUCUCCAUCAUCCGCAUCACUAUCCAUUCAUAUCACUGCUUCCCUGAACUGCUGGCCUGUUUGUCAUGCUAUCCAUGUGCGUGCCUGUCAUGGUAUCUCCUUCAAUCACUUGUGCUUGUGUACAUGUUUGUUUUUUAAUUUCCAUCAGAGUUGUGUGCAUGUUUGUGCCUGUUGUGUUGUGUUCUCCUUCAGUUCAUUCUGAGCGGAGGAACACUUGUAUCAAUGACGAAAACUGGUGUGAGGAGUAACAGAAACUGUCACAUAAUAGUUGUCAAAUAUUGUCAUCCUGUGACGAGUCAAGCGAUUUCGUCAUUGUGUUCUUGUAAGGGCUGAUGUAAGUAUGCUAUCCAUAUGCGUACCUGACAAGAAUAAUCUAUUAUGAAUUUGUGUGCUGUAAGGGUUGAUGUAGUAUUUGCUCCUCCUUUUUAAUCCCUGCAACAGGAAGACUGAACAUAUUCUGAAAUGGAGGUAGAUGUUAAUUAGUUCGUCAGGGUUCCUUAUUAUUCUGAUGCAGAGAGGAAUGGAUAUAGUACUGAGUUCAGUUACUUACUAUCAGCAAAUGCAUGAGCAAUAUAGAUUCAGAACCGAGGAGGGAUGCGAAUGGAGCUUGCGGCAUUUGCUAGUCAAUAUGUCCUGCUCUUAUGGAGAUCAAUGGCUGGUCUGAUCGGCCUAGCGGUCGUCAACUACUGGAGAUAGCUACAGUACCUAUACUUGAGUUAGUGCGGCAUACCAUACUUAUGGUAUUUACCUUUUCAGAAUUGUGCAACUGAUAUGCUGCUAAUAUUGCAACCAGCAACGGUAUGGCUGUGCUCCUGCACACAAUCUGUGAUUGAGAAUCAGUUGAAUUGCCAGCCACAUCUAACUUAGUUGGCACUAACAAUUAGUACUUUUUGCUACAGAUUGUAUGUAUGUAUGUCGUGCUCUGACCUCUCUGAGUGUCUGAAUCCGCUGUGCUGUUGGUCACAAACACAGCCCACUGUGUUUGCUGUAUGAUAGACAUCGUUUCAAGACUCUGCAACUGUGGUGCCACUAGUGGGAUCUUCAAAUACACAUUUAUAAGCAGCACAACUAUUGCAAUUGUAUAAUUGUAUUGCAAUUGGAAGACGAGUUUUCUGCAAAUUGUAUGUUGUUGCAAUUGGAAGAUUGAGUUUUCUUUCAUUUCUAAGAUUACUCUGUUACCCGUCGUCUCAACACAAAGUGGUGCAGAGGACGAGCCAGGGUCACCGCCGCCCGUGAAACCAGCUUUUGCCGGUGUUCCUGUACUACCACGACGGCGGCUUCUGCGUCGGCUCUGCCUUCACCGAGCUUGGCGCCGCCGUGGUCGCCAAGUGGUGUUUUUUUUUUCUCCAUCAUU